AUGUCCCUGAAGGCCCGAGGGACACCAGCCGCUAUGCCAGUCUCCAAGGAACCUGAGGGAAACCAACGCUGGUCCCGGUCUUUGAGGACUCCCCAGCCCAGUGAGGGAGACCGACAGACCAUGGCAGCUGUGACCAUGUCGGUGCCUGGGCGGAAGGCGCCCCCCAGGCCAGGCCCAGUGCCCGAGGCUGCCCAGCCAUUCCUGUUCACGCCCCGCGGGCCCAGCGCAGGUGGCGGGCCUGGCUCGGGCACCUCCCCGCAGGUGGAGUGGACGGCCCGGCGUCUCGUGUGGGUGCCUUCGGAGCUUCACGGGUUCGAAGCCGCGGCGCUGCGGGACGAAGGUGAGGAGGAGGCGGAGGUGGAGCUGGCGGAGAGCGGGAGGCGGCUGCGGCUGCCCCGGGACCAGAUUCAGCGCAUGAACCCGCCCAAGUUCAGCAAGGCCGAGGACAUGGCCGAGCUGACCUGCCUCAACGAGGCCUCGGUCCUGCACAACCUCCGGGAGCGGUACUACUCGGGCCUCAUCUACACAUACUCCGGCCUUUUCUGUGUGGUCAUCAACCCGUACAAGCAGCUUCCCAUCUACACAGAAGCCAUUGUGGAGAUGUACCGGGGCAAGAAGCGCCACGAGGUGCCACCUCAUGUGUACGCAGUGACCGAGGGGGCCUAUCGGAGCAUGCUGCAGGAUCGUGAGGACCAGUCCAUUCUCUGCACUGGAGAGUCUGGAGCUGGGAAGACGGAAAACACCAAGAAGGUCAUCCAGUACCUCGCCCAUGUGGCAUCAUCGCCGAAGGGCAGGAAGGAGCCGGGUGUCCCCGCCUCCGUCAGCACCGUGUCUUAUGGUGAGCUAGAGCGGCAGCUGCUUCAGGCCAACCCCAUCCUAGAGGCCUUCGGCAACGCCAAGACGGUGAAGAAUGACAACUCCUCCCGAUUCGGCAAAUUCAUUCGCAUCAACUUCGACGUUGCCGGGUACAUCGUGGGCGCCAACAUUGAGACCUACCUGCUGGAGAAGUCGCGGGCCAUCCGCCAGGCCAAGGACGAGUGCAGCUUCCACAUCUUCUACCAGCUGCUGGGGGGCGCUGGAGAGCAGCUCAAAGGUCAGUACCGCCCCGUCUCACCCUGCUCACCAGGGAGAGGUGGCUGGCACUGCCCUGCGGCUCCCUCUGCUCCUGGCUCCUUCCUCCUGGUGGCUGAGGCCGCUUCCUGCCUCCUGCGGCCACGAAGCCCCUCCUCAUCCAGGUUCCCACUCACUGUGGCCUUUGAGACCGCAUGUCCUUGGGCGCCGGCCCCUGCCAUCACAUGGCUUGUGCUGACUUGGGCCUGCAGCCCUACUGCUUCUGCCAACCAGUGGCCCCUGCCUGCUCUGGGCACUUCUAGAGACUCGAAAGUCCCUGCGGAGGGAGCAAAGAGGAGUGCCAUGCUGCGGAUGGUCUCAGCAGUUCUGCAGUUCGGCAACAUCGCCUUGAAGAGAGAACGGAACACGGAUCAAGCCACCAUGCCUGACAACACAGCUGCACAGAAGCUCUGCCGCCUCUUGGGACUGGGGGUGACGGAUUUCUCCCGAGCCUUGCUCACACCUCGCAUCAAAGUUGGCCGAGACUACGUGCAGAAAGCCCAGACGAAGGAACAGGCUGACUUCGCGCUGGAGGCCCUGGCCAAGGCCACCUAUGAGCGCCUCUUCCGCUGGCUGGUUCUGCGCCUCAACCGGGCCUUGGACCGCAGCCCCCGCCAAGGCGCCUCCUUCCUGGGCAUCCUGGACAUCGCGGGCUUUGAGAUCUUCCAGUACCAGCGUGAGGGGAUCCCCUGGACCUUCCUCGACUUUGGCCUCGACCUGCAGCCCUGCAUCGACCUCAUCGAGCGGCCGUACCAGCGUGAGGGGAUCCCCUGGACCUUCCUCGACUUUGGCCUCGACCUGCAGCCCUGCAUCGACCUCAUCGAGCGGCCGGCCAACCCCCCUGGGCUCCUGGCCCUGCUGGACGAGGAGUGCUGGUUCCCAAAGGCCACAGACAAGUCGUUUGUGGAGAAGGUAGCCCAGGAGCAGGGCGGCCACCCCAAGUUCCAGCGGCCGAGGCAACUGCGGGACCAGGCCGACUUCAGUGUUCUGCACUACGCGGGCAAGGUCGACUACAAGGCCAACGAGUGGCUGAUGAAAAACAUGGACCCUCUGAAUGACAAUGUCGCAGCCCUGCUUCACCAGAGCACAGACCGGCUGACGGCAGAGAUCUGGAAAGAUGAACACGGGGGUUUCCAGCAGUUCUCUUUCCUUGGCUCCUUCCCACCGUCGCCCCCAGGAUCUGCAGUGAGGUGCAGCUCUGCUGUUUCUCCGCCAGGGGUGGAGGGCAUCGUGGGGCUGGAACAGGUGAGCAGCCUGGGCGAUGGCCCACCAGGUGGCCGCCCCCGCCGGGGUAUGUUCCGGACAGUGGGACAGCUCUACAAGGAGUCCCUGAGCCGCCUCAUGGCCACACUCAGCAACACCAACCCCAGUUUUGUCCGCUGCAUUGUCCCCAACCACGAGAAGAGGGUGAGUGACUCAGCCUGGGGCGGAAGGGAUGGCUGUGGCCGUGGGUUAAGGUACGAGAUCCUGACGCCCAAUGCCAUCCCCAAGGGCUUCAUGGAUGGGAAGCAGGCCUGUGAAAAGAUGAUCCAGGCACUGGAACUGGACCCCAACCUCUACCGUGUGGGACAGAGCAAGAUCUUCUUCCGGGCCGGGGUCCUGGCCCAGCUGGAAGAGGAGCGAGACCUGAAGGUCACUGACAUCAUCGUCUCCUUCCAGGCAGCUGCCCGGGGAUACCUGGCUCGCAGGGCCUUCCAGAAGCGCCAGCAGCAGCAGAGUGCCCUGAGGGUGAUGCAGCGGAACUGCGCAGCCUACCUCAAGCUGAGACACUGGCAGUGGUGGCGGCUGUUUACCAAGGUGAAGCCACUGCUGCAGGUGACACGGCAGGAUGAGGUGCUGCAGGCACGGGCCCAGGAGCUGCAGAAAGUGCAGGAGCUGCAGCAGCAGAGCGCCCGCGAAGUCGGGGAGCUCCAGGGCCGAGUGGCACAGCUGGAAGAGGAGCGCACCCGCCUGGCAGAGCAAUUGCGAGCAGAGGCAGAACUGUGUGCAGAGGCCGAGGAGACGCGGGGGAGGCUGGCAGCCCGCAAGCAGGAGCUGGAGCUGGUGGUGUCAGAGUUGGAGGCUCGCGUGGGCGAGGAGGAGGAGUGCAGUCGUCAGCUGCAAACCGAGAAGAAGAGGCUGCAGCAGCACAUACAGGAGCUAGAGGCCCACCUUGAGGCUGAGGAGGGGGCACGGCAGAAGCUGCAGCUGGAGAAGGUGACGACAGAGGCAAAAAUGAAGAAAUUUGAAGAGGACCUGCUGCUCCUGGAAGACCAGAACUCCAAGCUGAGCAAGGAGCGGAAGCUGCUAGAAGAUCGCCUGUCCGAGUUCUCAUCCCAGGCAGCUGAGGAGGAGGAGAAGGUCAAGAGCCUCAAUAAGCUACGGCUCAAAUAUGAGGCCACAAUCGCAGACAUGGAGGACCGCCUACGGAAGGAGGAGAAGGGUCGCCAGGAGCUGGAGAAGCUGAAGCGGAGGCUGGACGGGGAGAGCUCGGAGCUGCAGGAGCAGAUGGUGGAGCAGCAACAGCGGGCAGAGGAGCUGCGGGCCCAGCUGGGCCGCAAGGAGGAGGAGCUGCAGGCUGCCCUGGCCAGGGCAGAAGACGAGGGUGGGGCCCGGGCCCAGCUGCUGAAAUCCCUGCGGGAGGCUCAAGCAGCUCUGGCCGAGGCCCAGGAGGACCUGGAGGCCGAACGCGUGGCCAGGACCAAGGCGGAGAAGCAGCGCCGGGACCUGGGCGAGGAGCUGGAGGCACUGCGGAGCGAGCUGGAGGACACCCUGGACUCCACCAACGCACAGCAGGAGCUCCGGUCCAAGAGGGAACAGGAGGUGACGGAGCUGAAGAAGACUCUGGAGGAGGAGACUCGCAUCCACGAGGCGGCAGUGCAGGAGCUGAGGCAGCGCCACGGCCAGGCCCUGGGGGAGCUGGCGGAGCAGCUGGAGCAGGCCCGGAGGGGCAAAGGUGCGUGGGAGAAGACGCGGCUGGCCCUGGAGGCCGAGGUGUCCGAGCUGCGGGCGGAACUGAGCAGCCUGCAGACUGCACGUCAGGAGGGUGAGCAGCGGAGGCGCCGCCUGGAGUCACAGCUGCAGGAGGUGCAGGGCCGGGCUGGUGACGGGGAGAGGGCACGAGCGGAGGCUGCUGAGAAGCUGCAGCGAGCCCAGGCUGAACUGGAGAAUGUGUCUGGGGCACUGAACGAGGCUGAGUCCAAAGCCAUCCGUCUUAGGAAGGAGCUGAGCAGCACAGAAGCCCAGCUGCACGACGCCCAGGAGCUCCUGCAGGAGGAAACCAGGGUGAAAUUGGCCUUGGGGUCCCGGGUGCGAGCCAUGGAGGCUGAGGCAGCCGGGCUACGUGAGCAGCUGGAAGAGGAGGCAGCCGCCAGGGAGCGGGCAGGCCGUGAACUGCAGACCACCCAGGCCCAGCUCUCCGAGUGGCGGCGGCGCCAGGAGGAAGAGGCAGGGGCACUGGAGGCAGGGGAGGAGGCACGGCGCCGGGCAGCCCGUGAGGCUGAGGCCCUGACCCAGCGCCUGGCAGAAAAGACGGAGACCGUGGAUCGGCUGGAGCGGGGCCGCCGCCGGCUGCAGCAGGAGCUGGACGACGCCACCAUGGACCUGGAGCAGCAGCGGCAGCUUGUGAGCACCCUGGAGAAGAAGCAGCGCAAGUUCGACCAGCUUCUGGCAGAGGAGAAGGCAGCUGUACUUCGGGCAGUGGAGGAACGUGAGCGGGCCGAGGCAGAGGGCCGGGAGCGUGAGGCUCGGGCCCUGUCACUGACACGGGCACUGGAGGAGGAGCAGGAGGCACGUGAGGAGCUGGAGCGGCAGAACCGGGCGCUGAGAGCUGAGCUGGAGGCACUGCUGAGCAGCAAGGAUGACGUCGGCAAGAGUGUGCAUGAGCUGGAACGAGCCUGCCGGGUAGCAGAACAGGCAGCCAAUGAUCUGCGAGCACAGGUGACGGAACUGGAGGAUGAGCUGACGGCAGCCGAGGAUGCCAAGCUGCGUCUGGAGGUGACUGUGCAGGCUCUCAAGACUCAGCACGAGCGUGACCUGCAGGGCCGUGAUGAGGCUGGUGAAGAGAGGCGGAGACAGCUGGCCAAGCAGCUGAGAGAUGCAGAGGUGGAGCGGGAUGAGGAGCGGAAACAGCGCACUCUGGCCGUGGCUGCCCGCAAGAAGCUGGAGGGGGAGCUGGAGGAGCUGAAGGCUCAAAUGGCCUCCGCCGGGCAGGGCAAGGAGGAGGCAGUGAAGCAGCUUCGCAAAAUGCAGGCCCAGAUGAAGGAGCUAUGGCGGGAGGUGGAGGAGACACGCAGCUCCCGGGAGGAGAUCUUCUCCCAGAAUCGGGAAAGUGAAAAGCGCCUCAAGGGCCUGGAGGCUGAGGUGCUGCGGCUGCAGGAGGAACUGGCCGCCUCAGACCGUGCUCGGCGGCAGGCAGCGCAGGACCGGGAUGAGAUGGCAGAUGAGGUGGCCAAUGGCAACCUUAGCAAGGCAGCCAUUCUGGAGGAGAAGCGUCAGCUGGAGGGGCGCCUGGGGCAGUUGGAGGAAGAGCUGGAGGAGGAGCAGAGCAACUCAGAGCUGCUCAAUGACCGCUACCGUAAGCUGCUCCUGCAGGUAGAGUCACUGACCACAGAGCUGUCAGCUGAGCGCAGUUUCUCAGCCAAGGCAGAGAGCGGGCGGCAGCAGCUGGAACGGCAGAUCCAGGAGCUACGGGGACGCCUGGGUGAGGAGGAUGCUGGGGCCCGAGCCCGCCACAAGAUGACCAUUGCUGCCCUUGAGUCUAAGUUGGCCCAGGCUGAGGAGCAGCUAGAGCAAGAGACCAGCACCAAGCUGGAGAAGGGAAACCUUCGAGUAAAGCAGCUGAAGCGGCAGCUGGAGGAGGCGGAGGAGGAGGCAUCCCGGGCUCAGGCCGGCCGCCGGAGGCUGCAGCGUGAGCUGGAGGAUGUCACAGAGUCGGCCGAGUCCAUGAACCGUGAAGUGACCACACUGAGGAACCGGCUUCGACGCGGCCCCCUCACCUUCACCACCCGUACGGUGCGGCAGGUCUUCCGACUAGAGGAGGGCGUGGCAUCCGACGAGGAGACAGAGGAAGCAGAGCCUGGGUCUGGGCCAUCCCCGGAGCCUGAGGGGUCCCCACCAGCCCACCCCCAGUGACCCUACCCUGUCCCCAGAUGCACUAACAGAUGGGGCCCAGCCCCCUUCCUCCCUGGACCCCACGGGCCCCUGUCCCAGGAACCCCGCCCUCUGACUUCCUGCCCUUUGGAAAUGGUGCCGCACUCUGACGUUUAUCAGACCCCACCUGGGUCCCCUGCAACCUCCCAUCAAAGGAUGACGCCUAAACACAGAGGAGCGGGGCAGGCGGGGAGGCGAGGACUGGAGCUACCUUGCUCGGGGGGAGACUGGGUGCAGUUGGCCAGCUGUGUUCCCGUCAGUCAGCUCCCUGUCCUCCUUCCUUCCCUCGUUAUUGAUCUGUAGAUAUUAGGAAAGGAGUGACACGGCUCCUCCACCGUCCUCAGCCAGUACAGCCCAUUCCCUCUGCUGCUCUCUCUCUCUCUCCCUCCCUCUCCCUCCCGCCCCUCUCGCCGUCUUUCUUGGCUUCUCUGAGGGUCUCUCUGUGCAUCUUUUUAGGAGUCCCGCUCCCACUCUGUCUCUGCGUAGCCACUCUCCUUCCUCCAUUUCUGCCUCCACCCCUGAACUCCUGAGUGGCCGAAACCCCAGGCCUCCACCAGCCUUGAACCCUUGCAAAGGGGCAGGACAAGGGGACUCCUCUCACUCCUGCUGCUGCCCAUGCUCCGCCCUCCCUUCUGGUUGCUCUGAGGGUUUGGAGCCUCCCUCUGGGACUGAAGGAGUGUCCAUUAUCCUCCCAGCCUCCAGGCUCUGGCAGAAAUAAACUCCAACCCAACUGGA